ACCUUAACGAAGCUUUAGCUAACUCCCUCAAUAAUUGAGAGGAUAUCUGUCUAUAAAUAAGCAUGUUAAAAUCUAGUUCAUCGUACCCAAAAAAAAACCUAAGUCCAACAUAGUUAUCAUAUAUUGUUAGAAUGUCCUCGUACCAACAAGACUGCGCAAUGGCAAACCUUCGGAACUUUGUAGUGUCUCAAUACUACGCUGCACCGUCGGAUGUUCAAACUCUGGGACACCAAUUCUUCAAUGCCAUGGACAGAGAUGGAAAUGGAAGUGUUGACUAUAGUGAGUUCAAGAACUUCUUAGUUUCCGAAGGGUUUGAAUACUACGCUGGCAGAAACUUGUUCAUGUCGUUAGACGGAGACAAGAAUCGAGGUUUAGAUUUCUGGGAGAUCAUGACUCUUUACUAUAUUAUCAAAUCUAGGAAGCCCUUCUGUGUCAAAUGCGACAUUUUUUUGGGGGACGCUUAUAGUGUUUGCAAUGAUUGUGGCGGAGGCCCCUACUAUUUCUGCAACAAUUGUUAUCAAUGCCACCUCCAAGAGCCCUCAUUUUCUGUUAAGCCGACGAGCAAUCCUUUAAUGUCUGAAACGCCGAAUGCAAACGCAAUGACUAUGGCUUCUUCGCCAAAUUAUGAAAUGGAUGCUGUGAAUGGCAGUACUAGUGAAAGGGGUUUAAGGAGCAAAAUGAGAGUAGCGUUCGACGCAUUUGAGUUAGGAAUGAACGCGUGGACGGUGUACGACAUAGUCAACACAGUUUCCGGCGGUGGUGGCUGUUCUAUUAUGUGACAGAAAUUAAGUAAAUCAUGUGUAAAACCUAAGUUCUUGGUUAUAUGUACUCUAUUUUCUACCUUUACUACGAUCUGAUACGAUUAUUUAUUAA